UCUCUUUGGCGCCAAAACUGUUGCGAGCCAAGGUGCUGUGAGGUGCAGUUGGUGGAGUUGUGGAUAUCGUGCGGUAUUUAGGGUGAAGUAGACCGGCGCUUUAGGCACGAAAUGACCGAUACCGACGCAGAGCAGCGGAUCCGGGAGUACCAGCGGGAGUACCUGGAAUUCUUAGACGAUGAAGAUGAUCAAGGAUUUUACAGCCACAAAGUCAAAGAUCUGGUCACCAAGAAAGAACACAGGAUCAUUGUCAACGUCAAUGACUUGCGCAAGAAGAAUGCCGCCAGAGCUAAAGGGUUGCUCAAUCAAACCAGCGAAGAGAUCAUCGCCUUUCAGCGGGCACUCAAGGAAAUGGUUAUCUCUGUUGACCCACUGCUUGCUAAAGAACGAGACGAAUACUAUAUUGGCUUGGAAGGAAGCUUCGGAUCCAAACACGUUACACCUCGGACACUCCAUGCUGCUUACCUUGGUGGAGUUGUAUGUGUAGAAGGAAUUGUGACGAAGUGCUCACUUGUGCGUCCGAAAAUAAUGCACAGCAUCCACUACUGCCCAGCCACACAAAAGACUUUAGAGCGUCACUUUACUGAUCUCACGUCCUACGAUGCCUUCCCAUCAAGCGCAGUAUAUCCUACAAAGGAUGAGGACGGCAACCUUCUGGAGACAGAGUAUGGGCUCUCACUGUACAAGGAUCACCAGACGAUAAGCAUUCAGGAAAUGCCGGAAAAGGCCCCCGCUGGUCAGCUGCCUCGAUUUGUCGAUGCGGUUGUGGAUGGAGACCUGGUCGACCAGUGCAAGCCCGGAGAUAGAGUGCAGGUCGUUGGCACUUACCGCUGCCUGCCAGGAAAGCAGGGAGGAUUCACCACUGGCACAUUCCGGUCUAUUUUGAUUUCCAACAACAUUCGUCUGUUGAGCAAGGAAGUGGCUCCAAAUAUUUCCGUUGAAGAUGUGAACAAGUGCAAGGCCAUCAGCAAGCAGAAGGGGGAUGUCUUUGAGAUUUUGGCUCGCUCACUGGCCCCUUCCAUCCACGGCCACGAGUACAUCAAAAGGGCGCUGCUGUGUCUUCUUCUGGGAGGUGUAGAAAAGGUUCUUCCCAAUGGAACCAGGCUGAGAGGUGACAUCAACUGUUUGCUUAUCGGCGACCCAUCGGUGGCCAAAUCUCAGCUACUGCGAUAUGUCCUUCACACGGCACCAAGGGCUGUGGCCACUACGGGACGUGGUUCUUCUGGUGUGGGUCUCACAGCAGCAGUCACUACUGAUCAGGAGACAGGGGACAGACGUCUGGAGGCUGGAGCUAUGGUUCUUGCUGACAGAGGUGUUGUCUGCAUUGACGAAUUUGACAAAAUGUCAGACAUGGAUCGCACGGCCAUUCACGAAGUCAUGGAGCAAGGUCGUGUCACCAUCUCCAAGGCGGGCAUCCACGCGAGGCUGAAUGCACGUUGUAGUGUACUGGCUGCAGCCAAUCCUGUGUAUGGGCGGUAUGACCAGUACAAGUCGCCAAUGGAAAACAUUGGCCUCCAGGAUUCUCUGCUAUCUCGUUUUGACAUGCUGUUCAUUAUGCUUGACAAGAUGGAUCCAGAGAGUGAUCGAGAAGUUGCAGACCACGUUGUCCGGAUACACCAGUACAGAAACCCAGGGGAGCAGGAUGGUGAACCAUUGCCCAUCCGAAGUACAGCAGACCUGCUCACAACACACGACCCAGAUCAGCUUGACAAAGACAGUGACAAGGAGACGCCUAUUUACGAGAAGCACGACGUGCUGCUGCAUGGCUCCAAGCGCAGGACGGAGAAGACGAUCAGCGUAGAGUUCAUGAAGAAAUACAUCCACAUCGCGAAGGGCAUCAAGCCGACUCUGACACAAGCCGCCUGCGACAAGAUAGCUGAGGAGUACGCUCGGCUGCGCUCCUUUGACACUGAAAACACGGAUGUUGCUAGGACACAACCCGUGACAGCUCGUACCUUGGAAACACUGAUUCGUCUGUCAACGGCACAUGCGAAGGCUCGCUUCUCGCGUACAGUGGAACCUGAGGACGCCAAGGCAGCCAUUCAGCUUGUGCAGUUCGCCUACUUUAAGCGUGUCCUCGAGAAGCCCCGCAAGCGCAGGAGGAAGAAUGAGGGCGACUCUUCAGAUGAAGGUGGCGAUGAUGAUGAUGACGAUAAAUCCAGUGGCACCAGCAAGAAGACUACCAGCACAGAGCCAAAAAAGAAAUCCGGUGAUGAAACUAAUGAUCCAUACGACUUUGAAGAGGGCAGUGAGGAACCUGAAGACAAAACAGUGCGGCCAAAGAGACCUCGCAAGGACGAGCCAUCUACGUCGAGGGCUGCCGAUCUCAGAGACAGUGCCGCAGCAAUCUCCACGCAAAGGAUGACGAAGUUCCGCAACCUCCUGGGCAAGCUUUUCAAGGACACGCACACGCAGUCACAGCCCAUGUCCAACAUCAUGGACUUCCUGGCCCAAGAAGAGCACGUGGAACCGUUCACUCAGGAGGAGAUCGACGUCGCCGUCCAGCGCAUGAUGGACGACAACCAGGUCAUGCUCUCUGACGAGAUUGUGUUCCUCAUCUGAGCUGCCUCCAUUGGAGGCGCUCAUGUACAUCUCUUGUAAUAUGCUACGUUUACAUCUUGCCAUUCUGUUGCCACAAGACACUAAGUGUUAAUUCUGUGCACCUGAUUACUGAAUGAAGCGUUAAGCACAGUGUAAAAUUCCAAGCAAUUAGGCUUGGCAAAUCUAUUCCCUGUAAUCAUGUGCACCCAUUGUUUAUAACAAGAAUUUUAUAUUUGUAUUUUACAACUGUUCUACGCUUUUU